AUGGACGAUUUGAAAACACAAGAGAAGUUUUUUUUAAAUUCCUUAGGGCUUUCGAGUCGACCACAACCUUCUGGUCCCGUUCCCGUGCCUUCAGUCCUGUGGAAGAUAUUUAAUAAAAAGACAAACGCCAAGACAUCCAACUCUGGUACUGAAAACGAUCCUUGUAGAGUGUCAGAAUUCAACGUUCGUGGGAAUAUUGUUCGGUUUAUUCAAGAUCAAGGGAACGCAAUUCCUGGUACAAGUCGCCAGUGUCCAAUAUGUGCCGAACGCCAUCUCUAUUUUAAUAUUUCUGUUUUGGAGGAAGUUGAACAGUUGACUUUUGCUCAGCUGGAAGUAACAUUCAAUCGGAAUUCUUACCACCGAACCAGGAAUGCCAGGACCUUCACCUUGUCCCUUUAUAAAGUUUUAAAGACGGCGUUAAAAGGGGUGUCUCCCGAAAACAGUCGCAAACUGCUCCUGUCGCAAUCCUUUGAGUCAAUUCACAAAUCCAUCAACUUCAACCUUACAGACAUUGCAGCGACCUGGAGAGAUCAUAGAAGGAACUUUGGGUUGGUUCUCGUGAUACAUCCCGAUCUGCCAAGCGACCAAGAUGACCUAGUUGAAGUAAUUUCUUCUGAAAACGAAUUGGGUUAUCAUCACUUUGGGGCUCAAUCUCUACUUUACACAUCAUUGGUGGCCGUUACUUUGAACCCACUUCAGUGCAGGUCUCGAAGAAAAAGAAGCGCGUAUUACCUCCCAGUUACACCAAGUAAUGUGUGCAAACCAAGGCGACUUUACAUUGACUUCAAAGAUGUUGGCUGGCAAGACUGGAUCAUUGCUCCCCAGGGAUACAUGGCAAAUUAUUGUCAAGGAGAAUGCCCCUUUCCAUUAAGUGAAAGCCUCAAUGGCACAAACCAUGCCAUUUUACAAACAUUGGUCCACUCUUUUGACCCAAAGGGUACCCCACAGCCUUGCUGUGUUCCUAUCAAAUUGUCUCCAAUCUCCAUGCUGUAUUAUGACAACAAUGACAAUGUUGUCUUGAGGCAUUAUGAGGAUAUGGUAGUUGACGAAUGUGGCUGCAGAUGA